ACAAUUACCCGAAGGUGUCCAAUGGGACUUUGAUGUCGAGAAUUGGCUAAAUCCGUACCAAGUGUCACACUAUGCGAUGGACAUCUUUGAGUAUCUGAAAGAACGAGAACGCCUAUUCCCCAUCGGCAAUUACAUGGAUCGGCAAGUAUGCCUCUCGCCAUGGCGAGGGGCGAGGGAAUGGAUGAGAGCGCUACUGGUCGAUUGGAUGGUCGAGGUGCAGGAGUCGUUUGAGUUGAAUCACGAGACCUUAUAUCUGGCUGUAAAACUGGUCGAUCUAUACCUAACAAAGAUGACAGUCGGGAAAGAGACUCUACAACUGCUGGGCGCUGCGAGUCUUUUCAUAGCGAGCAAGUUUGACGAAAGAAUACCACUAAUGGUGGAAGAUUUGUAUAUAUGUGACAGCGCUUACACAAAAAGGGAGCUGAUCAAAAUGGAAAUAAAUAUUUUAAAAAUAGUCAAUUUUGACCUAGGAAUACCUCUCUCUUACAGAUUUCUUUGGCAUUAUGCCAGGUGUGCCAAGAUGUCUAUGCCCACGUCAACUCUGGCUCGGUACAUACUGGAACAUUCUCUGAUGGAUUAUACAAUGAUCAGGUUUAGCGAUAGUAAAAUGGCAGCGGCGGCGUUGUUACUCGUGUUGCUAAUGAAGGACUUGGGAGGAUGGAAUCCAACAUUAGAAUACUAUAGCGGUUAUAAACUUAACGACAUAAGAGAUAUUUGCAAUCUUUUAAACCAGAGCUUGCAUAGGAAACACGAAGAAGCAUUAAAGACUGUCCACAGCAAGUACAGCCACAAGAUUUUCUUUGAAGUAGCAAAGCUGCCCCUAAAAGAGACUUUAGACAUAUAAAUAGAAAGAGUACUGAAGUAACUUGUAAGUCAAAAAAAGUGCUCCAAAUUCAAUAUAUAAAUACAGGCAGAUGAAUCAUCUUGAUAACAAGGCAUUAGAAAUUAAGACUAGUCGCGUAUCGAAUUGUUGGACAACCUAGACAUUAGUUAAGUGAUUGUUAGCAUGCGAAUA